AUGCAGACUUUCCUCAUCCUCUCCUUGGUCACGGCAGCGCUGUGCGCGCCUACUGCACAUGAGAAAAGCAUCAAAGUCCCCGUCACAAGAAAAGCGCUUCUGACCCGGGCCAACGGCGAUAUUGAGCCUGCUAAGUAUCUCGGCGUCCUCCAGCGCACUCUGCAGAAAUACGGCAAGGAUGUGCAGCUGCCCAACAAGCUGAUGUUCUGCGGUGCCAACGAGCCCCUCAAAGACAAGUCUCAGGAUGGCCUGGACAUCUUCUACUACGGCAACAUCGUCGUCGGUGUCCAAGGUCCCCAAACCUUCACCUGCGACUUCGACACCGGCUCGGCCGACCUCUUCGUUCCUGGUCCCCAAUGCGACGCCGCAGCCGGCUGCACGGGCACCACCAAGUAUGACCAGCAAGGCGUCGACGAAGGCAACACCACCUCCGUGACCUACGGCUCUGGCAUGGUUUCGGGGGAGAACUCCUUUGAUAGCAUCACGGUCGCUGGUUUGACUGCGAAGCGGCAGAACGUCAUCUCCCUCACCAAUGCGCAAGGAUUCAGUACGUCUGCGUCGAGCAGUCUGAUGGGGCUAGCCUUCUCCACGAUUGCGAAGAGCGGACAGCCGACUUACUUCGAGAACCUCAUAGAGCAGAGUGUCGUGAGCAAGAACGAGUUUGCGUUCUAUCUUGGCCGCGCCGCGGACGGCACCGGCGAUGCGUCUGAGCUCACGCAGGGUGGCCGGAAUCCCGGCAAGUUCACCGGCGCUGUCACCAAAGUACCCGUCAAGACCAGAGUUUACUGGCGAGUACAACUGGACAAAGUGGUGGUGAACGGCAAGUCCGCUGUGCUCGGCGCACUUGGUCUAGAUCCUACGAGAGGCGACGCAGCGAUCGACACCGGCACCAGCCUCCUCGUCGCCCCGGCCGCUGCUCCGUUGAGCAUCUACUCCCGCAUCCCCGGAUCCCUCCCCAUCCAGCUGCUCGAAGGGGCCGGCGGACCCACCGUCUUCGCCUUCCCGUGCUCUGCGAAGCCGCACGUCGCUCUCACGUUCGCGUGGACGAAUUUCGCCGUCAACCCGCAGGACUUCAAUAUUGGACGGCUGACGCCGGAUUUCGGGGAGGUGGUGGGGAAUAAUACGUUGAGCGCGAUUUUGAACAGGGAGAGUUAUUGUUUGGUUGCGAUUGCGGGAGAGGACUUGGAUCCGGGGAGUUAUCUUUAUGUUGUGGGCGAUACGUUCUUGAAGAACUGGUAUAGUGUUUACAGCUACGACUCCGCGGCGAGCGUGAGCUUCGCCAAAGCUGUGUAG